GGGAAGAGGAGAGGAGAAUGGCAGCCUAAUUUGCGAUCAUGAGAAGAGGAAUCAUACCAAUUUAAAGUGGUGUGGUGGGUCUGUGUAAUGAUAUUAUAAUAUAAUAUAACUGGCCAGGCCACCGCGCGCAUCUCCACCCCCUCCUCAUUCCACCAUUAAUUCAGAUGAGAUGUUGAUCUUCUCUGCUCAUUCAUCAAUUAUAUAUUCUCCAGAGAGAGAGAGAGAGAGAGAGAGAGAGAGAAUCUCAUAAGAGAGAUGCUAUCCAUCUUCGUCUCACCUUCCAUGAUGGUGUUUCAUCGAACUUGACUAUCCCAAAUUAACCCCUCUUAUAUCUUCCCGAUUUUCUCCAUCAGAGCUACGUAAGUUUUAUUAGUUUGGUUGUGAUUUCAGAGAUAUGGGUUUGAGCAAGAGACAGGUUUCUGGCGAUUGUGGGCUCGAUUGGCGAGCUCUGGAGCUGCCGGCGAAGAGGUCGCAGCGGCCGGAGCCCUUGACAUGCCCCAGAUGCGGCUCCACCAACACCAAGUUCUGCUACUACAACAACUACAACAAGUCUCAGCCCCGCCAUUUCUGUAAGGCUUGCAAGAGGCACUGGACCGAAGGCGGUACUCUCCGCAACGUUCCCGUCGGCGGCGGCCGGAAGAACAAGCGGCUCAAACCCUUAACCACCUCCUCCUCCUCCUCCCCCUCCGCCGGCGGCGGAAAUAUUUGGAUCUACUCAACCCAAAUGUCUGAAAUCUUUUCCCAGCCUUGGAUUCGUCCAUCAGCGGCUUCGCCGUCUCAACUUCACUCCAUUGAUGGUAUGAACAGUUUCAUAAAAGCGAAAAGCUUCGCCGGCGACAGUGGUAAUUACGUUCUGGAUUCAACUCUUCCGGUGCUCGAAAGCCAGAACCUGCAUCCAUUCGCGUCGUCGUCGAGCUCGGGCUCUUUGAAAAUCAAUCCAUCUGCAAUUUCGGAGGCAUGGCAAGUUCCGGCCACAAGCAAUACUCUCAUGGACACGUUAAACUACUGGAAUUGGGACGAUAUUAACAGACUGGCUUCGGCUGAUCAGCUCAACAUACCAUGGGAUCAUCCUAAAGCCUAAAUGGGAAAAGUUUCUAAGAAUUGAGUAUUUUCUCUUCUGGGUUCUCUUCUGUUCUUCUGUCUGAGCCUAGCUAGCUAAUUGGUAUUGGAAAUUAGUUAGUAUAUAUAACCACCCAUAUACAUACAUAUAAACAUAUAUAUCUGUGUGUUUCUCUGCAUUUUGUGAUAAUGAAUUAGUUACUGAUCGCAGUGAGAUGAGAUGGUUCUCUAUUUGGGAUUCCCAUGUCCCUUAAUUUCUUAAAUCUGAUCUAUGAACACU